AUGGCGGAUGAAAGCACAUCUGGUAGGGUUACAAGAGGUAUCCCACAUACUCUUCAAAAUUUAGAUUCCCUUUCUUUUGAUUUGGGUAUUUCUCAGCAACAAAAUGAUGUUGAUGCAGCUUCUGCUGAGAAAUUUGUUGCUGAAAGGAGAUCUAAGAAAAUCCAUGAUCCUUCCAGAAUCAGAAUUCCUUCAACUGUCAAUUUGGAAAAAAAUGAUUUUGAUACUGCCACAAAGAGGAGAAAAACAUCCGAUGUUGCUCAUAGUAGCAAAGGGAAGAAUGUUGUAGGGACAGAUGCCGGAGAACAACAAUUAAAUAUGAACAAGCAGGCCUCCAAAUUCCUGGUUAAACGUCCCCCCACUCAACCGAUACGUUAUGCUUCAUAUAUGAACCAUAACAUUAAAGAUGAGUUGAAGGAAAAACUGACAGAUAGACAAUUCAAGCUAUUUUCCAAAACUGUUUUUGGAAAAUAUAUGGAGAUGCAAGUUGACACCGAGGUGCAGGGUCAGUUAUUUAGGUGUUUUAUGAUUAGGGAGUUGAAGCGUAGUAAUAGCGAUGCAUUUGUUAUCGAUAUUAACGGGACGGAAUUGACAUUCGGUCUUUUUGAAUUUGCUUUAAUUACUGGUUUGAAGUGUUACGGGGAUGAAGUUGUUUUUGACGAGGGUUCUAACAGAUUGUUGGAUCAAUAUUUCAGUGGUUCUGAUAAUAGUGUUUUAAAGAUGACUUUAAAUAAGUGCUUUGAAGACAAGGAUUGGGGUGUUGGUGAUAAUGCAGAUGAAGAUGUUGUAAAGAUUGCUAUCCUGUAUUUCAUUCAUAAUUACAUGCUUUCAAGUGAAAAGAGGAACGUCACAGUCCCAAGACAUCAUUUUGACUUGGUGGAGAGUGAACAGUACAAUGAACAUACUUGGGGUAAGGAAGCAUUUGAUGAUUUGAUUAAGAGUAUUCACCACAAGAUGGACAAGCCGAAGCAGUUUUGUUGUCUACGGGGUUUCCCUUUUGCUAUGCAAGUGUGGAUAUAUGAGUGUUGCUCUAAUGUUGACCCUAAUUUAAUGGUUAAAACCGGAAGCCGAAUCCCAAGAAUGUUUAAUUGGAGAACAGUGAACCCAAAGCCAUCUGUUAACUACUUGAUGUUGGGCAUGUUUAAGGACGGUGAGGACAUUAGUUGUAAAUUCAACAACAUUGUUCCGACCAUAUCAGAGGUUGAGAAGCUUGCUGCCAAGAAAACUCAAAAGAACGAUGCUUCAAAAUCUCCACCGCACAAGAAGCCCAGGAAGAUGUCGACGACAACAUUGCUUGUUCAGAAGUCACCAGCCACUAUCCCAAAAAAACCUACAGUUGGACAAUCAUCUAAAAAAUCAGCUUCGGUGGUAGAUAAGUCAGUUCAAUCAAAGGAAAAAGAAAAAGCUGCUCCAAGUGUCCACCGCGUUCCUCUUGACGACGUAUCCACCAACAAAUCAGUUGAACUCACAAGUUUGAGGCAGGAACUUAAUCAAUUUAGGCAGGAAGUGCUUGCUGAAUUCAAGGUUGUUUUUACUGAGCUAAAGGAUCUUCGCAAAACUAUUGAUAAAAAUUUCAAAAAGGUUUUGGAACAUGACAAAGGGAAACAAAACUCAGAAAAGGAUGAUGACAGUGAAACACAUGUUCCUUUACAUGAUGGCAACAUACAUCAACAAGCUGAUGAUUACAUGGACCAUGAUGACGAUAUUCACAUGGAGACUGAUACGGGUGAUGUGCAUCCAACAGAGGAGAAGGGUCUUGCACCGGAUAUUCAAGUAAGUAUUAGCAAUGAUAUUGGCGAUACGCUGAAAGCUUCAACCGAAGAGAUUGCAGAAGGAGGUGAUCAUUCAGGAGAACCGAAGACUUCGGUUGAACGUCCGGUGGAUCCAACAGAGGGUAUUGCACCGGAUAUUCAAGUUGAUAUUGGCAAUGAGAGCGGCGAAACGAUGGAAGCUUCAACCGAAGAGAUUGCAGAAGGAGGUGAUCUUUCAGGAGAACCGAAGACUUCGGUUGAACGGUCGGGGAAACAUACUAUGGAAGAGCAAAAACGUUAUGAUGAUUCAAAUAAUUCUGAGAUGAUCGCACAGGUGCUAGCAAAUAUAGCAGAAUCAGAAAUGACUAACGAACAAGUUCACGCAGAAAAAACCGAGGAAAACACCAGCUCAACUGUCUUAGAGGAACCCCAGGCAGUAGUUUGUAACGCUCAGCCGUUGUCUCAGUGGUUGUUGCCUGAUGAGUAUUUACCAAGCCAAACCCCAGGGAAAGAAAUCAUGUUACAUCCAUCAGUCACACGAGCUACACGCCCCAGUAGUAGUUCGGGCAAGAAUCAUGUACAUGGGUUUGAUAAAAAGUAUCCAUUCCAGAUAGAUCCCAUUACUGGUCCACUUGAUGUACAGAUGGUGGAUGAAUACCGUACUUGGCUCCGAAACGGUCUGCUUGUGAGGCACGAUAGCAAAAAGAACAACGAAGACCAUUACAAAAAAAAAAAGAAGGCAGUUUUUGACAAUGGAGUCAAAUACAAUUUUGGCAUCACAACUGUCAACGAUAAGAACUACUGCUGUGUAUUUGUAAAAUACAGAGAUGGAUGUAUUUCAGGACAUUCGCACAUUGCCGUCAUUUUUUAUUACUUUCGGAAGAAAGGAAAGUACGAUAAAAGGAACAAUUUCAGCUUCACCACUGUUGACUGCCUAUUCAAGCAGAGAAUUGAUGUGGUCCACCACGCAUAUCGCAAUGUUGAAACACAGACAAAUGUGGCAAAUGAAGAGCAAGUAUUGAUUGAGUAUGUUAAGGGUCACAGGCUUAUUGCCAAUGUCCCGUGGCAUACCGUUGACAACGUGCUAAUACCGAUGAAUAUACAAGAAGAAAAUCAUUGGUUAUUGCGUCUGUAUGUUUACAACUCGUAUCAAUCAGCCGGGCACAACGCGGUUGUUAGGAAUGAAAUAAAAAAGCUUGCUACACUGCUUCCACAUUUCCUACAUCUGGCUGGAUUCUAUGUAAAUAAAAAAAGCAUAGAUUUGGUGAAAGACCCAGCAUAUGCGGAUAAGGGGCAGAUCGAUAUCCUUGAAGUUGUCUAUGUUGAUAAUCUUCCGCAUCAAACUGUUGGUAGCACGGACUGUGGUGUUUUUGUGGCAGCGUAUGCUGAGUAUUUGACAUCGGGUGAAAGGAUCCCAGAUGUCAUUGAUGCACACAUGCAGCGUAUGAGAUACAGUGCACUCUUAUGGGACUACGCUGAAGGCAAGGUUGCUGACAAUGCAGAGAGUGAUAAUGAAGUUCCACCAAGACCGAUUAGGCCAGCAAUCGAUUACGACACUGUAGAUGCAAUUGAUGUUUGA